AUGGAACCAAAAGCGUUCAGUCCCUAUGAGUGCAAAAUUCGACAGGCGCACUUCCAUUAUGGAGUGGUCAGAGCCUCCCCAGAGAAUGACAGCCCACAUUGUAUUUAUUUCUGUGUGUGUGUGUGUGUGUCAGCAAUUCAGGGCUGCGGGUGCACUCUGCUCUUGUGGCUCAGCCUGGGCUCUCUGGGUUACCCCCUGGACUGUAAGGACGACCAGGGCAGCAUCACGCGCUGCACUUCCAUCUCCCAAGACAAGCUCCUGGACCGAGUCAUCCAGCACGCAGAGCUCAUCUACCGCGUGUCCGAGGAGUCCUGCACGCUGUUCGAGGACAUGUUUGUACCUUUUGCGUUGCACUCCCAGCGCAACCGAGGAGGAAACAUGUGCAUGACCAAGUCCUUCGCCAUCCCAGGGUCCAAAAGUGAACUCCAGCAGAUCUCGGACAAAUGGCUUCUUCACUCCGUCCUGAUGUUGAUCCAGUCCUGGAUUGAGCCAAUGAUCUACCUGCAGACGACGCUGGAACGCUAUGACGAUGCUCCUGAUGCUCUCCUCAACAAAACCAAAUGGGUGUCGGACAAGUUGCUGAGCCUGGAGCAGGGGGUCGCGGUCCUCAUCAGGAAGAUGCUGGACGAAGGCGUGUUCACGUCGGCCGAGUUCACGGCGAGCCUGGAGCGCUACGACGUGCAGCUCGACAUGCCCGACUCGGUCCUCAGGGACUACACCCUGCUCACCUGCUUCAAGAAGGAUGCUCACAAGAUGGAGACGUUCCUCAAGCUCCUCAAGUGCAGGCAGACCGACAAGUUCGGCUGCUUCUUGUUCUGA